AUGAGAGAGUUGCUGAUCAAGGCGCAGACCAUCCUGGCCAUUGUCUACCCGCACCUGGCCAUCGCAGUCUUCUUCUCGGUCUGCUUCUUCUCCGCCUACGCGUGGACGACCUGGCAGGUCUGCGGGAUCGAGGCGCUCACCUACUGGUUCUUCCUGCACCUCUUCUACCAGAGCGUGAUGGCGGUGCUCUUCGCGGUGGUGACGGAGACGACGCACCGCGAGCGCAUCCUCGCCUUCGUGAACUCCCAGGAUGCCGACUCCCUGGUGUCUGCCUUCCGGAAGAUGCUGAAAGGCGUUUGCGAUGGCGACCUGCUGCUGGAUACUGGGUCACGCUUGAAGAUCACUUUUUCAUCUUUAUGA